GUGUAUAUGUGUAAAAGUGAAACUGCGCGACAGGGUGAAUGAAAAAUUAGUUGAUUUUAUUUAACUAAUUUUUUAAAAGCUAAAGGCAAAGGAGAGCUUAAAGGGAACAAGGGACAAAAUAAUAAAAAUGUGCGGUGGUUUUACCUGCUCGAAAAACGCGCUAAUUGCGCUUAACAUUCUCUAUGUUAUGAUUGGAUUCUUGCUGAUUGGGGUGGGCGUUUAUGCGCGGGCAGCCUCCAUUGUCACAAACCUGCCCAUUGUAGGCGGCAUCUUGGCGUGCGGCGUGAUACUCAUCCUCAUCUCUAUGUUGGGCCUUGCUGGCGCCGUCAAACAUCAUCAAGUGAUGCUGUUCUUCUACAUGAUCAUUCUAUUCAUGCUGUUCCUUAUCCAGUUUUCCAUUGCGAGCUCUUGUCUGGCCGUCAAUGAAGAGCAACAGCAGCAAUUUGCGGAGCAAGGCUGGAAUACCGUGCCGCCAGAGCUGCGGAAGCAGGUGCAGGACAGCUUCUUGUGCUGCGGCUUCAAUGCCACUAGCGCAGCCGAAGCAGGACCAUCAUGCGAAUUGAUCAACAAAGAAUGCUGUAUGGACUCGAAGGAUGAUCCUUCAUGCCAUUGCGGACCGUGUGGUCCAUUGCUGGAGGAUAAGAUCGACUAUGCGUUUAAGUUAUGCGGUGGCCUGGGCAUCUUCUUCAGCUUCACUGAGGUGCUUGCCGUUUUCUUGGCGCGUCGUUAUCGUAAUCAACAUGAUCCCUGUUACCUGCCAGCUCGCGCUGUUUUCCCCAACAACUACCAAUAUUAAUAGGUGCAAAAUAAAUCGGAAGCUAAUGAAUCAAAGAGUCGCACCCGCAUCAAACACCAAACAAACGAGAAGAAAGCGCGCCACCAAUGUAUAUUUUUUAAACAUGUUUCCUCAUGUUUUUAGUCAAGGGGACGAAGUCUGAUUUAUUUUUACCAUGAUUUUCAAGAAGCAAGAAAACAAUCAGGAGUGCUCUGUGUUCCUAGCUUUUAUCACAUUUAAUAAUUGUAUGAUUUAAAUGUGCAAAGAGAUUCGUUUAUUCAUAUUGAGAUUAUAUGUUUCGUGUUCAAAUAGUUUAAGCGUAUUCAACUAUUAUCUAGUUGAAAUUUGUUUAUUUGCUUAGAUGUGUCGAUUUUAAUAUUCUUUUGGCAGCUCACAACAUGCAACAAUCAUGCUAACUAAACUCAACUACCAAUUGCUGUACAACAAACAUUUCGAACCUGAUCUUAAAGUAGAUAAAUGCAAAUGUAACUAAAUUGCAAAUGCUAAACUGUGUGUUUUAACGUCGUGGAUACAUAUAUGUCUACGUGUUUUACAAACAAUAUAAAAUAUUUUAGUAAACUAAAAAUGAAACCAAAUUGUUAGCCAUGUGUUAAACAUUAUAUUAGCACUAAUACAAAAGUACAUAACACAAAUAUAUACGUACAUAUACAA